AGUUUCACAAAGCUGUCUACGAGCAGGGAAGACGCUUCCACAUUUGCAGUCAAUCGAAUCGAUCAGUCGUUUGUUGUACACCGGCUUGUAGUGCUGCAAUUUGCAACAUCUAGUGUUACUGAAAAAGUUUAAAUGUUGCGGAAACUUUCAAACUGAUCGUGCGGGACAAGUGUUUAGCGAUCGGGAGGAUUCUACUCGACCGUAGCAGCAGCCCAAACUAAAUGCUUACCCUCAGGAAAUUUGUGAUCUUCUAGUAAAUAGAUAGAUAGAUUGAUAAGCGUAAAAUACCCGGUGUUGUGGUCGUAUUGUUAAGCAUCGGUUUGGGAGUUACUGGACCAGCGACAUUUUAGUGGUGAAAUUAGUUAAAGCAAAGUGAACAUGCCAGCCCAAAGUGGACGCCGUGAUGGAGCGGAGGCGAGCGUACAGAAGGAUAAUUCGGGCUACAUUGCACUAGGUGGCGUGGCCGUCGUUAUUCUGUACCUUGCCUUCGGCUAUGGAGCUCAGAUUCUCUGCAACGUGAUCGGAGUGGCGUACCCUGCCUACAUCUCGAUGAAGGCCAUCGAAACCCGCACUAAAGAGGAUGACACCAAAUGGUUAACGUACUGGGUAACGUUUGGGGUGCUUUCGGUGUUUGAGCACUUUUCCUUCUUCCUCGUCCAGAUCAUCCCGUUCUAUUGGCUGCUGAAGUGCUUGUUCCACAUAUGGUGUAUGGUGCCGAUCGAAAACAAUGGUUCCACCAUUAUGUACCACAAGGUCAUCCAGCCAUACUUCAAGAAAUACGAGAAGGUUGCCGACAACUUCAUCAGCGACACCACAGACAAGCUGAAGCAGACGGCCGGGGAAAUGAUCUCGAAAGUCAAAUCAACCUAAGCUGCAUAUCGCUGCACACUACUCCCAAACACUCACCAACAAACAAACAAACACACACACACACGCACGCACGAAGCACACGUACACAUAUAGAUAUAAAGGACCCUCCCGACCUCUUCUAAUAACCCCUUCGAUGACGGACGAUCGAACCUUGCGACACUGUUAGAGAAAACAAAAGAAGCGCAUGAAAAUCUGUUAGCAAAAUAUGGACGUAGUUGGGGGAUUGAGAAAGACGAAAAAUUAUACAAGUCAUACGCCAUCGUGAAACCAUACGAUUUCCUUGUUGUUGUUUGUGAUUUACCGAUGCGACCGAAAAUUGUCCCACAGCCAGCCGAGUGAGUUUUACCAUCCUUCAAGCACGUUAGUAUGGUUCACGCGAGAGCUACAGUUAAGCGUUUAAUUUAAGCUUUUAUCAUUUUCAAUUUAGCUUGGAAGUCGGUUGCUCAUUUGCUGCCUAUGUUUUGUGUGCAUGCAAUGGUUGAACUAAUGAUAGAAAAGUGAAUUUCGAAAACUUGCGGUUAGGAAGUCAACGCAACAAAAGCAAUGAGCACAAAUUGGAAGAAAUAUGAAUAUGAAUGGAAUU